UGCGCGGGACAUCGGCACACCGGGGCCGGGUCAGGGAGCUGUAAGGAUGGAGAUCCGACCGGACAGGUUUAAGGCGGUGGCGGGGAAAACUCUGGGGAAAAUUCACAGGCUGAUCGAGAAGCGGCAGCCCAAUGGAGAAACCAUCGAGUUAUCAGCGGAAGGCCGUCCUGAGCUGGUGGAGGAGAAAGAGCUGCCGGUGGUGGACUGCACCUGCUUUGGUUUGCCCAGGCGCUACAUCAUCGCCAUCCUGUCUGGCCUGGGCUUCUGCAUCUCUUUCGGCAUCCGGUGCAACCUGGGAGUGGCCAUUGUGAGCAUGGUCAACGACCACACUGUCUACAAGGGCAACAAGGAAGUUCUUGUGGCUGCACAGUUCACCUGGGACCCGGAGACAGUGGGGAUGAUCCAUGGCUCCUUCUUCUGGGGCUAUAUUGUCACACAGAUCCCUGGUGGUUUUAUAUGUCAAAAAUUUGCAGCUAACAGAGUGUUCGGCUUUGCCAUCGUGGCCACCUCCACCCUCAACAUGCUGAUUCCAUCUGCCGCUCGCUGCCAUUACAGCUGUGUCAUACUGGUCAGGAUAUGCCAGGGCCUUGUUGAGGGUGUAUCAUACCCAGCCUGCCACGGGAUCUGGGCCAAGUGGGCGCCUCCACUGGAGAGGAGUCGAUUGGCCACAACAGCCUUUUGUGGAUCCUAUGCAGGGGCUGUGGUGGCCAUGCCUUUAGCUGGGAUACUGGUGCAAUACACUGGGUGGCCUUCAGUAUUCUACGUCUAUGGCAGCUUUGGGAUAUUCUGGUAUUUGUUCUGGAUCCUGGUGUCGUACGAGAGUCCUGCAGUGCAUCCCACCAUCACCCCAGAGGAGAGGAAGUACAUCGAAGAUGCAAUCGGAGAGUCUGCAUCAUUUCUCAACCCUCUCCAUAAAUUUAAAACCCCAUGGAGACACUUCUUCACCUCUAUGCCAGUCUACGCCAUCAUUGUGGCCAACUUCUGCAGGAGCUGGACCUUCUACCUGCUGCUCAUCAGCCAGCCGGCCUACUUUGAAGAAGUGUUUGGCUUCGAGAUCAGCAAGGUGGGCAUGGUGUCUGCUCUGCCCCAUCUGGUGAUGACUAUCAUUGUGCCAAUUGGAGGCCAGUUGGCAGACUACCUGAGAACCCACAACCUGAUGUCAACCACCAACGUCAGGAAGAUGAUGAACUGCGGAGGUUUUGGGAUGGAGGCGACCCUCCUGCUGGUGGUGGGAUUCUCUCACACUAAAGGUGUUGCCAUUUCCUUCCUGGUCCUCGCUGUUGGCUUCAGUGGAUUUGCAAUCUCAGGGUUUAAUGUCAAUCACUUGGACAUCGCCCCUCGAUAUGCCAGCAUACUGAUGGGCAUUUCAAACGGGGUGGGAACAUUAUCAGGAAUGGUUUGUCCUCUCAUAGUCGGAGCCAUGACCAAACACAAGACACGUGAGGAGUGGCAGUAUGUCUUCCUUAUAGCUUCUCUCGUUCAUUAUGGAGGAGUGAUUUUCUAUGGAAUCUUUGCAUCAGGAGAGAAGCAGGCAUGGGCGGACAUAGAAGACACCAGCGAGGAGAAGUGUGGCAUCAUCGAUGAGGAUGAACUGGCCAAUGAGACAGAGGAGCUCUACCGUGGAGGCGGGCAGUACGGGGCCAUGAGCCAGCCCGUGGUGGGUUCUAAUGGGGGAGGGGGCGGAGGAGGAGGAGGUGGAGGAGCCGGACCCGGGUGGGUGAAAGACUGGGAUAAGUCUGAGGAGUAUGUUCAACCGCCUGGAUACAACUCUUACAUGUACGGUGGAGAGGAGGAGAGGGAGCUGACACAGAGGAGCAACGUGAUCCAACAAAUAAUCAAUCAAUAAAUAAAUUCAAUCAAAAUAAAGGAAAGAGGAAGAUUCUAAGAGUCACUGCAACACUGAAUGGACCUGCUGUGUGCUUUUGUACAGUAUUUACUACUGCACAUAUCAAAAGUAUACAUCCAAUUCAUUCCACAGUGUGUGUGUGUGUGUGUGUGUGUGUGUGUGUGUGUGUGUGUGUGUGUGUGUGUGUUUGUGUGUGUGUGUGUGUCAAACAUUGCAUGAAGGAUACAGUUGUUAACAUUCACAAACACUUCCAGUAUUCAUCUGCAAAAAAUCUCCCAGACUUCCUUCCUGCUCCUGGGCUCUUUAAGAUUGGUCAGGAGCUUUGUUUCCACAACAUUGCUGAGGAGAUGUGUGUGUGUGUGUGUGUGUGUGUGUGCAUGGUGGGCUUUCUGCCUGUACAGCAAGUCUCUCAAGCCACUGGAAUUGUGUGGCAUUUAAAUUUUUAUGUGUAAGCCACCAUCCUGCUGGUUAAGCACCUUUGGGGCCUUGGUUUUAAAACAUAAAUAUUUUCAUCUAAAUUUGAAAAAAGUAACCCCCUCUUUAUCUAAGUCUGUUUUACUGUCAAGCUUCUCAGAUAUUAUUGAAAUCAUGUUGAUCAGAUGAUAAAAUCAACAGGCAAACUUAAAAUCAGUGAGAGGCAUCCAGUUUAUUUUGCUUUAUGGCAACAAUGUUUUUCCGAGGUGUGCACAGUUAACGUAAACCUGCGUGUGGGUUCAUUUAUGUGGUGAGAGUAUUUCAGAGAAGGUGCUUAGGUGUGUGUGUGUGUGUGUGUGUGUGUGUGUGUGUGUGUGUGUGUGUGUGUGUGUGUGUAUAUAACAGGCUGCCCUAAAUGUGUGUGUGUGUGUGCGUUUGUGUGUGCAAAGGCGCAUGCACGAAGCUGCAAUGUGGUGUCUCACUGAAUCUCACCUGGGUCUGACCUAACUAGGUCACGUCCAGCCAGGCCUGUGGGUCACAAAGCACAAGUUACGACUAAAUCAUCUGACACUUCCAUUUUGUGUGUGUUUAUGUGUGUGAGAGAGUGUGUGUGUGUGUGUGCUCUCUUUGGAGAGGUGGCCCAGGCUGACUAGUAGAGUGUGAUAGUUCCAGUACUUAACCAGUGUGGAACAAUCAUUAUAAUAUUCCCGGGCAUCACAGCUCGUGCUGCCUCUGUUUCUGCCUUUCUCUGUAUCUCUGCUGCUGCCUCUCCCUGUGUUUUCUCCUUCUCAUCCUUUCAUCCAUCUGUACCGUGUCUUUAAAUGUCAUGUUUGAGUUGGUGGGUCAGAGUGUGUGUGUGUUGUGUUGUGUUGGGUGCAGGUGCUGAAACAUUGUGCGGUGAGCAUGUAUAAAUGAGCACAGCAGCGCGGUAUACGCCGUCAUCCCUCUCUUCCUUUUACACAUUAACACACACACGUAGGUUGCAAAUUUCAUGCAAGCACAGUCAAGUUGUCCAUGUGCAUUGUGUGGAGGGAUUGGUGCACUUAAUUUAAAAGUGGUAUCCUCUCCACCUUGAUGCAGCGGUAGUGAAGAGUUCAGAGGUUCACCAACCUCCAGGAGAGAAACCACCAAACUGUGCAACAGCUUUUUGCAUCUGCACAUAGACAGAGCCAGAUUCAGACAUAAAACUAGAAUAUCACUCUGACUGAGCACAAACCUCCGCCAAGGCCCAACAGCCCCUUUAGAUUCAGUUAAGCUGCACAAGUUUUCACACACUCAUAGAUAUCAGUCCCAUAAAUAUGCUUGAUUUUUCUCACCAUGAUCAUGAAUUAUUUCACUAAGAAAAUGGUGAAAGACGCCCCAUCUCGCAAUGUUAAAGAAGGUGGAAGAAAUUCUGAUACUGAUCCCGAACAACAUUUUCAAAAAUUCAUAAUUCGAAAGGUUCCUCACUGACCCAUUCUGCAUCCUUCCACCAAGUUUCGUGUUAAUCCGUCCGGUAGUUUUUGCGUAAUCGUGCUUGCAGGGGUGAAACCUCCUUGGCAGAGGUAACAACGUGUGCAUGCACACAGACACACAAACAAGUUAUGCAUUCUGCUUGUUCUCACAGGUCAUGCUGACACUUAGUAUUUUACUUUGAAGAUUAAAAGCAUAUUUGCCAACAGCCCUUUCUCAGACCAGGGAUCUAUUUCUGUUUAACGUGAGGUUUGUGAUAUGAGCAGAGUGUAGGUAGAAGAGUGGAAUGUUAAAAUAUCCAGAAUCAUCUGACUCAAGUGAGAGUUUAAUGGGAAAUGUGUCAAUAAGUUGUUUGAAAAUGUAACGAAGGCAAAUCACUACUGAGUGUUGAGUGAACCCUCUCAAAGACAUGAAUGAUUAUUCCUUUUUAAAUGUUGUAUCAAUGUAUUUCUGAUCAAGUUUCUUCUGUGUCUCAGUUUAUGGCUGUUUCAGUGUCGUCCUCCUCCUACUUGAUGAAAUGUGUGGUUA